AUGGCGACUGGCGGAUACCGUGAGAUGUCGGACACAUUGCUAGAGGGUACUGUGCGCCAGAUAUUCAGGACUGAAGGAUCGGCAGAACAUCAGAACGUGAGGAGUUCAACUUUCUGCAGCAAGUUAGAGGUUCUGCAGCAAGAUGGAGCGGUGAAAGUGCCGGGUAUCAAUGGAGAUACAUAUAUUCAUAUUCCAGCUGGAACUGGUAGUCACACGAAAAUGAGAUUAAUCGGAAAAGGAGUGAAACGACAGCAUUCGAUAGGCCAUGGUGAUCAAGUUCGCUUAAAGGAACAAUCUUGCAAGUACUUCAACAGUUUCCUUCAACAGUUUCUUGUCCCACGAAAAUUCAUAAAUAUAAUCAUCCUGGGAAACCGUGUAUGA